UUGGGUACCUUAUUUUCAGUCUGCCUGCUCGGUUCGCUGGGGAUAUCCAUGUCGACAUUUGUCUUGCGGGCAAAAUACUGUUGGUUCGGCAACAUUUUGAUAAUAAUCGAUGGACUAUUACAUAUGAAACUUUGUUUAAUACGGAAAAUAUUUGGUACCGCUUAUGUAAUAAACGCUGAUUAAUGCUGCAACAUGCAAUCAAUAGGGUGCGGAUUAUUUGUUUUGUUCUGUAUCGGAAGUGCGCCGGCGCACGCGGACUCUGAUUGUACAUCAUACAACCUAACUUACAUAGCUCCGUCGGUAGUCUCGCCAUAUCGUUUCGCAGUGCAUUUGCUUACGGUGAAAGAAUGCAUCCUUUACUUCAACCUUGCAGCCAAUGGAUCUAUGUGCCAGCUAAUCCCCGGCUCCAAUUUAUGUACAGUAAAUGACAAAACGCCACGCGGACGUGUGAUGCUGAACACGUACGUGGAGAUCGCAUGCAUAUACAAACCUCGUGCGUUAGUAAUUAAAACCACCAAACGGGUGAGCCAGAUCAGUCCGCAGCGUGCAGUAGUUCUGGACUUGUUAGAAAUUCCUGGCAAAGAGGAUCUGAUUACCGUUGCCGUUGUCGAACCAAUCCGCAACCAAACUGUAGGCCUGACCGUUACUGGAUGUUACGCGCCGAAUACUACGUCCCGAAUACAUAACCUGGGUACUAUUCCUGCACUUCACAGUAUUGGUCUCCAUGGCUGCCGUGAUCUAGCGAUCCAGAAAUCGGAUUUCGAUCGAGUGCCGCAACUUCGUCAGGUUGUGUUUGAUUUAUCCACGACAGACACACUGGAGCCAGGCACGUUCACGGAUUUGCCUCACUUACGCAACUUGGUAUUGGAGAAAAAACUGAUCUUGGCGCUGAUUAGUGCAAAAAAUCCUAACCGAACCAGCAAUUUUUCCAACGAUCGCUAUAUCGACUAUGUUUAUACUCUGCACUGUGACUGCUCGUUUGCCUGGUUGCGCCGUUUUUUUAAGCAGAAUCGAUAUUUGAUUGAAGGAAAGGAACCCGGCGAAGUGUUCAGAAUCGGAAGCUAUUUCUCCGAAGCUGUCAGGAAGACUGGGAAUGGUACGGAUGUCUUCAGUGUGGAUUGCUCCAAGAAGGUGACAUUGGAAAACAUUUGGGCAGGCAAUGAGUUUUCGUACAAUACAUCAUGCUCUAAUGAAAUGAUAUGCUAAUCCAAAUUAUAAUUUCCUAGCUUUGCUUCGGAAAUUAUUACAGGACGCUGGCGCAUUUGAAAUGAUACAUGUGCAAAAUCAUUCUACAGUAAAUAGAUUUUAUCACCUUCACUUUUUAUGACGUUAUUUUUGCUUCCUUAUUUGGCGUCAUUUCAUACAUACUUUCGUAACGAACAGAAAGACAAUUUUUAGUUUCGUUUAAAUUAGAGAUAAUCCGCAUGGCUCCGGUUAAUAGCCUGUGAUCGUUGUCUUGUCAGGAGACAGUUUGCAUUCCUUUGUACAGCACAUUUUUCUGCAUUCCCUGUUUAUGUUGUCGACCUUUUUACCAGGACAAGAACUGAGUGAGCGGCC